ACUAUCGAUUGCUCGGUGCGUCACUGGGUGGCCCUCCGAAACCGCCAAAAUUUCUAAGAUCAUCAAGUUUAUUGUCGCCAUCCUUUCAUCCCAAUUGAUCACGUUGCCGUCGCCAUAUCCUACGAGUCUGCAGUUCCCAGAAGUCUAAGACACCCUACCCAGACACCAUGAGCUCCGAACAGCCUGCGCCCCGCUGGGCUGCCUUUGCGCGCGACACCAACGAGACCAAGAUCCAGAUCGCCCUCAACCUUGAUGGCGGCGCAUUCCCUCCCGAGACCGACGCCCGCCUGAACGUCAGCAUCGCCGACGGCCACGCCACUCAGGCUAGCAAGUCGCAAACUAUCAGCGUCGACACCGGCAUUGGCUUCCUCGACCACAUGCUCCAUGCGCUCGCCAAGCACGCCGGCUGGAGUCUUGCUCUUGCUUGCAAGGGCGACCUUCACAUCGACGACCACCACACCGCCGAAGACGUCUGCAUCGCUCUGGGCUACGCCUUCGCCAAGGCCCUCGGCACUCCCACCGGUCUCGCGCGCUUCGGAUACGCAUACUGCCCUCUCGACGAGGCCCUCAGCCGUGCCGUCGUCGAUCUGUCGAACCGUCCCUUCGCCGUCGUCGACCUUGGUCUGAAGCGCGAGAAGAUUGGUGACCUCAGCACCGAGAUGAUCCCCCACUGCAUCCAGAGCUUUGCCGGGGCUGCCCGCAUCACCGUGCACGUCGACUGCCUCCGCGGCGACAACGACCACCACAGAGCCGAGAGCGCGUUCAAGGCGCUUGCGGUUGCCACGAGGCAAGCUACUAGUCGGGUGGCGGGUCGCGAGGGUGAGGUUCCUAGCACCAAGGGAACGCUCAGCGUAUAAGAAAGUUGGGAAAGGGAGUUGGUUAUAGAUUUGUUUGAUAUAGAGUUGCAAAGAUACCAUGUAAUGUCAUUUACCGUGAUAUUUUGCGCGCAUGUCUGGUUUCCAUCAUUUUUCCAUAGCGACGACGUAGAGUAGAGGUGAUGAGAAUGGGCAAGCAACUGGGGAAUUGGUGAUAUCGUGACGGUACAAAUAGGAAAACACCCCUGAUGCAGGUUGUUGACAAAGUUCCCCUUUCGGACAGAUGCGGGCCCCACAGCGGACAGCAGAACGGGGAUCGAGGGGAAAGUGGAAGCCCAGGGCAAGAAGUUCCGGG